CGUCUUCCCGUCCCUGUCUUAUCGUCUCCCCCUCCCCGGAGCUUGGAAAUAAAGAGGCCGGCUUCCCUUUGUUCCUUCCUUCUUCUUUUCCUUCUUCUUCUUCUUCUUCUUCUUCCCUAGGUCUCGUGCCAAUCUCUCUUACACCAACACCCUCACCUCUUCUUCUGGUUGAUCUCCAACCGGCAUCCCUAAACCACAACCAUCCCUCAACUCGUCCCAAGCAUCUUUUAGCUUACCCAACACCCAUUCGAUGGGAGAAACCGAAGGCAAAAGUACGAAUGGUGCAGCUCACGCCAACGCCACCUCGGACUCGUCGACUGUUGCCAGCUCCGCCAGCGGCCAGGAUGACCAGCCGCCUAUAGCGGAACCCCCCGACAUAUUCAUAGAGAAGUCUGCUCUGCCUCACACGCUCUCGCCUGAGCGCGUUGCCCAGGAUCUCAACACCGACAUCCUCAAUGGGCUGAGCAACGACGAUGCUGCCGCCCGGUUGACCCGGGACGGCCCCAACUCCAUCAAGGGCGCCAAGGGCGUCUCGCUCUGGGAGAUCUUUCUCCAGCAGGUCGCCAAUGCCUUGACUGUCGUCCUCAUCGCUGUGACAGCCCUGUCCUUUGCUAUCCAGGACUACAUCGAGGGCGCUGUUGUCGCUGCCGUCAUUGUCCUCAACAUUGUUGUAGGGUUGAUCCAGGAUUACCGUGCCGAACAGACUAUCCAGUCUCUGUAUGCUCUGUCUACUCCCAAGUGCAAGGUUAUUCGCGAUGGCCACAGUGAAACUAUCAAGGCGGAAACGCUGGUCAAAGGCGAUAUAGUCUCCCUUGCAACUGGUGAUGUUGUUCCUGCCGAUCUGCGACUUGUCCAAGGCAUCAACGUUUCUACCGAUGAGGCACUCCUCACUGGCGAAUCCGUUGCCAUCAGCAAGAAACCCGAAGCCGUCUUCACCGACCCGGUUAUGCCCAUCGGUGACCGAACCAACCUGGUAUACUCUGGAAGCUCCGUCACCCGUGGCCGAGCUACCGGUAUCGUCAUCUCAACUGGUAUGCAGACGGAAGUUGGCCAAAUUGCCGAACUUCUCCGCAAGACCAAGAAUGACACCACCGGAAAGGGGCCCGUUGGCACCUUUGUCUUCAAGGCUUAUCACUCUAUUCGCAACAUCCUGGGUCUCGAGGGCACCCCCCUCCAGGUGACCCUAAGCAAGUUCGCCCUUCUGCUCUUCGCCUUUGCUAUCCUACUCGCCAUCAUCGUCUUUUCCGUCAGCAAGUGGAAAAUAGGGGACGAGGUUCUGCUGUACGGAAUCUGUGUCGGUGUGGCUGUUAUCCCCGAAUCCCUGCUUGCUGUCUUGACCGUUACAAUGGCUGUUGCUACUAAAGCAAUGGUCCGCGGCAACGUCAUUGUCCGUCAAAUGCCAUCUCUCGAGGCUGUUGGUGGUGUUACCAACAUCUGCUCCGACAAGACUGGUACUCUGACACAAGGACGCAUGAUCACCCGCAAGGUCUGGCUUCGCGGAAAUCUCCUGGGAACGGUUGAGGGUACCGCGAACCCAUAUGACCCCGGCAGUGGAACUGUCUCCUGGUCCAGGGAUCUGGCCGGAAGCUGUCUCAACGCUUUUCUCAACACACUUGUUCUCUGUAACAACGCCAUGGUAUCCGACGGCAAGAAGGAACCGGAGACUGACUCUAGUAGCGUCAUCACCGCAUCCGGAGAUGCCGAAUGGAAAGCCAUUGGCGAACCUACCGAGAUUGCCCUAAAGGUCUUUGCUAUGCGUUUUGGCCAAAACAGGCCGGUUGGUGAUACUCUGAUUGCAGAGCAUCCUUUUGACUCGUCCUGCAAGCUCAUGAGUGUGGUAUACGGAAAUCAUGUCGAAAAGGCCUACAAGGUCUAUACCAAAGGAGCCGUUGAGGUUCUCCUAACUAAACUAAACGAAACUGAGGAGUUCAAGGCCGAAAUCCUAGCCAAGGCUGAGGAGCUCGCUGGCCAGGGUCUGCGAGUGCUCUGCAUUGCGACCAAGACCGCGGACGGAGAAGCGCAAGAGCUUCAUGACCGUUCCAAGGUUGAAAGCCAGCUCGAGUUUCUUGGUCUCGCCGGCCUCUAUGAUCCUCCUCGUCCCGAAACCGCCGGUGCCGUCGCCCAAUGCCGUGAAGCCGGCGUAACUGUGCACAUGGUCACUGGCGAUCAUAUCAAGACUGCCACUGCAAUUGCGUACGAAGUCGGAAUUCUUAAGAGCGACAUGCCCCUGAGGGCCAACGCCGUCAUGGCUGCUUCGGACUUUGGCAAUCUCACCGAUGCGCAAAUCGACAAAUUGGAAAACCUGCCCGUUGUCCUCGCCCGUUGCAGCCCCUUAACCAAAGUCCGUAUGAUCGAGGCUCUGCAUCGCCGCAAGGCCUUUUGUAUCAUGACUGGCGAUGGUGUCAAUGAUUCGCCAGCUCUCAAGCAGGCAGAUGUCGGUAUCGCCAUGGGAGACCGUGGCAGCGACGUUGCCAAGGAAGCCGCCGACAUGGUCCUAACUGAUGAUAACUUUGCUUCUAUCGUGACUGGUAUUGAGGAGGGCCGAAGGCUCGCUGACAAUAUCCAGAAGUUCUUACUGCAUCUUCUCACGUCCAACUUGGCACAAGUCAUUUUGCUUCUGAUUGGUCUUUGUUUCAGAGACGAAAGCGGUGUUGCCGUCUUCCCUCUGUCGCCUCUGGAAAUUCUCUGGGCUAACCUCAUCACGUCUUCGCCCCUCGCUCUCGGUUUGGGCCUAGAAGAAGCUGCGCCGGACAUCUUGCGCCGCCCCCCUCGCAGCUUGCGUUCUGGAGUCUUCACCCCCGAUCUCGUCCGUGACCAGCUCAUGUACGGAACCUUUAUGGGCUCUCUCUGUCUGUGCGCCUUCAUGCUUGUCAACUACGCUGCGUCUGGCAGAGGUUACUACGCAAUGCCUGAGGGUUGCAACGAGCCCUCUGCACAUGGCUGUGACCAUGUGUACCGUGCCCGAGCCACCACUUUCUCAACCCUGAGUUUCUUGUUAUUGGUUACUGCUUGGGAGGUCAAGCACUUUCACCGAAGUCUCUUUGCCAUGGAUGAGCGUUGGACUGGCCCCUUUUCGGUCUUCAAGACCAUUUAUCACAACAAGUUCCUUUUCUGGUCUGUUGUUGGCGGCUUCCUCGCCACAUUCCCCGUCGUUUAUAUCCCCGUUCUCAAUACCGAAGUUUUCAAGCACAAGGGUCUCAGUUGGGAGUGGGGUGUCGUCGCGGGUUGCGUUGUCACAUACAUUGCUCUCCUCGAGAUUUACAAGGCCGUCAAGCGCAGAUUUAAGCUUGGCAUUGACAAACGCCCUGCGGUGGAAGUCUAGGUGUAAGCAAUGAGUUGUGGAGUGGAGGACAGGUUUUAAGGAUGGGUGGGCGGGUCAGAAUGUCUAGCUAGCAUGAGUAUCGCUACUAUCCUAUAGUCAAUGUAUGAAUUUCCUGUCA